AUGGCGUCGACUUCGUAUGUGGAAAUUCUAGUAGUCAGUAUAUUAUUGAUAAUACCAUUUUUAUAUGAAACUAGUCAUAUUUUUCGUUAUUAUUUAAAAUUCUUUAUAUAUUAUUCAAUUGUUACCAUCAAUUCAGUUAUUUUGAUACCCUUUAUGUUAUUUAGACCGUUCGAUGUAAGGAAUUUACUUUGGGCAUCCUCAUUCUGUCAUCAUAUAUCAACAAUAUUAGGUCUACGAUGGCAACUUCGAGGUCGUGAACAUUUAGAAAAGGAUCAAGCAUGUAUUAUUGUUGCAAAUCAUCAAUCAGCCAUUGAUAUUUUGGGAAUGUUUGAUAUAUGGCCCGUUAUGAAUAAAUGUACAGUUGUAGCGAAAAAAGAAUUGUGGUAUGCAUGGCCAUUUGGUUUAGCUGCAUGGUUAUGCGGUUUGAUAUUUAUUGAUCGUAGUCGUAUGAAAACGGACCAAGCACGAACAUCUUUAACGGCAGCAACAGAAGCUAUCAAAUUAAAAAAGAUAAAAUUAUGGGUAUUCCCUGAAGGUACACGCCGUAAUACUGGAGAAAUACAUCAUUUUAAGAAAGGUGCAUUUCAUAUGGCAAUUUCCGCACAAAUACCAAUAUUACCUGUUGUGAUCAGUUCAUACUAUUUUUUAAAUAGUGAACAAAAACGUUUAGAUCCUGGCAAUAUAAUUAUAACAACUUUACCACCAAUAUCAACACACGGUUUAACACUGGAUAAUGUUGAAGAUUUAAUGGAAUCGACAAGGAAUUUAAUGAAUGAAACGUUCAUAGCUAGUACAAAAGAAGUCAAAGAACAUAUAUUAAAACCAUUAGAUAUUACUAAACCUUAAUCUAGUUUUUUUUUAAUAUUUGGGUCAAAUGUUUUAUCAGUCAUAAGCAAUGGCAAUCGCAUUUGAUCUAUUUUAACAAACCAAAAAAAAAAGAUAAAACAUGAACGAGGAUGUUAUAUUUGAAAUUCUAGAAUUGUUUAAUAAAAAUCGUUAGAUUUAGAUCCAAUCAGUUCUAUUGCUGAACUGCUAACCAUUACCAAUUAUUCCAAUCGUCAAUAUUUUUUUCUUUCGUUCAAAGUAACUUCUAUUCAAACAACGUCGUACUUAUGUCAGCUAUUAUCAGAAAUUUCAGCUCCUUCAAUGAAUUUAGUUUCAUGAAUUCGAUCGGCGGGAGUGGUAGUUUUAGUUUUAGGAACGAAAUAAAAUCGAAGAAGGUCAAGUUGGAAAAAUAUAAUAGAUCACAGUUACUGUUUUAUUCUGGUGAAUUAACAUGAUGAGUUUUCAAUGGAUCAAUACGCUUUAAUACGGUCAAAUACAGCUUUUUACGUUUUCAAAAGAAUCUGCAUUUUUAGUCUAAAAAAAUUGACAAAAAUUAUGAUAAUUAUGUUGACGAAUUUUCUGUAAUAGGGACGUCGUAAACUUUUGUUAAAACUUGAGUCAAAGUCUUCAAUCAUUUCAUUUAUUAUGACCUGUAAAGGUGUAUUGGAAAGUGAUUUUCGGCAU